AUGAGGGGGAAGCCCGCAGCUGUGCAGUUGGAAGAUCUUAUAGCCAAGGCUGAACUGUACAGCAAGAUCAAACUAGCCGGUGGAGCGAUUGCAAAAAGUCUCACCAGUCCUCUGAAGGCAGCACCAGAAUUACUGGUACAGUCUCCGACACAAGAUCAAGGAGGAGAUCAUCGGCAUCGGCGAACGGAACGUGAAGAAGAUGAGGAAUUGCUCUCGGAGACCAAACAUGGUCCUUCUGCUGUUCAACGGUUUGAGUCCUCUCCAUUCUUUGUCAAGGGUGGUGAAAUGCGUGACUAUCAGGUUCGUGGGUUGAACUGGAUGAUUCAGUUGCACCACGAUAAUAUCAAUGGAAUCUUGGCUGAUGAAAUGGGCUUGGGGAAGACACUUCAGACAAUUUCCAUGCUCGGUUACAUGAAACACUGUCGACAUAAGGGUGGUCCCAGUCUGAUUAUUGUUCCCAAAUCUACCUUGGCAAACUGGAUGAAUGAAAUUAAACGUUGGGUUCCCACAUUACGACCUGUUGCCCUUAUUGGAAUGCAAGAAGAACGGAAUCAAAUAAUUCGUGACGAAAUCAUGGGAAAAGAGUGGGACAUCUUGGUCACGAGUUAUGAAAUCUGUAUCCGCGAGAAGGCUGUCUUGCGCAAGUUUAACUACGUCUAUCUUGUGAUUGAUGAGGCGCAUCGUAUCAAGAACGAGAAAUCUAAGUUGUCCGAUAUUGUACGUCAGUUCCGUUCUCAGAAUCGCCUUCUGAUUACUGGGACCCCGUUGCAAAACAAUCUUCAUGAAUUAUGGGCUCUGUUGAAUUUCCUAAUGCCUGAUUUGUUUGCCUCCUCUGAAUUGUUUGACGAUAUGUUCAAAACCAACAGUGAACAAGAACAGAACUUAAUUCAGCGACUGCAUUCGGUGCUAAAGCCGUUCCUUCUUCGACGUAUCAAAGCAGAUGUCGAGAAGAAACUCCCGCCAAAAAAGGAGAUCCAAAUAUACAUUGGUUUAAGCAAAAUGCAACGUGAACUAUACACAAAA